CAAUGAGCCCAUUUCUGUUCUGCGGUCGCUCUUUGUUCGGUGUCUCGGCAAUUCUCCUUUUGUUCAGUUUCCUCAAAUAAAAAUCCACUCUUCCUUCUGCAGACAAGACCCUCACCUUCUGGAAACAGUUACAUUGUAAUGGCUGCACCCAGUUGCGGAGCAAUGACAGAAGAUGUUGGAAUACCAAUGGGAGACAAACUCAUAUUGAGGGGCUUGAAAUUUCAUGGUUUCCAUGGGGUCAAGCCUGAAGAAAAAAGCCUGGGUCAGAAGUUCUUGGUAGAUGUAGAUGCCUGGAUGGAUCUUAGGAUGGCUGGUAAAUCAGACCUCUUGUCAGAUACUGUUAGUUACACUGAUAUUUACCGCAUAGUAAAGGAAGUUGUGGAAGGGAAAUCUCAGGAUCUUCUCGAGUCAGUGGCUCAAUUAAUUGCAUCAGCAACCUUGAGGAAGCAUCCUCAGAUAUCUGCUAUUCGUGUGAAAGUGGGGAAGCCUCAUGUUGCUGUUCAUGGUCCUCUUGACUACCUUGGAGUUGAGAUUGUCAGAUACAGAAGUAUUGAUGCUCCAAAUUGACCUUUACCAAAUAUAUGAAUGUAUAAGGCAUCAUGGGUCUCGGUUGGAUCUGCCACCUCCUUUUAUGUUCUUUGGUUUCUGCAGGGAGGGGAAGAAAGUGACAAGUGAGCCAGGGUAGUUGUGUAUUUCUGCUGGUUCUACUGCAAUUGGCAUUAAUUGAUCGAUGAUUUUCAAUUUCUGUCA